AUGCUAACAGAGAUUCUGCAUAUAAACACCACAACAAGCCCCCAAAUCCAGCAAGUUCAAAGGCUCAUCAAAGUCCUUCCAAAACGGCUUCUCCGUCAACGAGUAUCACUGACAGGUCUGAGCAUCAGGUCCUCGGGGCUAUGCGACCUCCACCGACCGAUGAAUUCCGAUGUACUCGGCAGCAUUCUAAGCCUUGUCCAGCGAGAGGUGACUCAAUGCUUCCAACCAUUUGAUCGACACCCGGAACUUGUUGGUCCUACUGAAACUUACAUGCUGGGUAAAUUGCGCGCGGUGAGGGGAAUGUGGACCAGGCCUGGAGUGGGUAGCCCAACAGCGGCAGGGGCCUGGGCGUACCAGAUUAACGAAUGUGCAGCAUGCAUGCUCGGUCGGGUUGCGCUGCAAAAGGAAAGUGUUCUGCUCCUCCGGGUAGCAUUACAAAGCCGAACCCGUACAGGGAGAACCCAUCGCCCACGCAAACUUAUGAUAUUUGUGGACGAGUGCAUGAAUCGCUUCAGUCACGGAGAUGCGGAGGAGAUCUUUUCAAUCUCUAGCAAUCUGGCAUAUCGCAUGAAAGCUACCCGGAGGGCUUGUAGUCAGACACAUCGAGAUCGCGCGAAAAGGGGGCCGGUUCGAUCGACGGAUGGCAGGAGGGAGCGUGCACAAUUGCCUGCGAUAUCAGGAUUGAUCGAUGGUCAGGGCGGUUAUCAUGGCGAGAAUAGGGAUGGCAGUGCUAAACAGAAUCCUCCGUCGGCUCGGGAAUUGUAUCUCUCUGCCAACACUGAUAUCGAGUGGGCUGUGCCAUCGGAGGUUCGAACUUCAGGGGGAUAUGAGGCGCCAUAUGCCUGCGAAGGAACCUGGGGAAAUAAUCCAUUUUUGUUCAUGGGCGAGGAGGGGGAGAGAGACAAUGUUGUCGAUGAAGAGUCGGGGGAUUCGGAAGAUGAGUGCGAUUCUCCAUACGAGGGUAAAUUUAUUUGA